GUCAGUCAAAAUGAGCGCCCAGGCCCUGAACAAGAUCGCUCCCAACAGCCCUUCGCGGCAGAACCCCUCCGAGCUCGAGUCGAGCAUCGCCCAGGCUCUCUACGACCUCGAGACCAACACUGCCGACCUCAAGGUUGCCCUGCGACCUCUGCAGUUCGUCUCUGCCCGUGAGAUCGAGGUUGGCCACGGCAAGAAGGCUAUUGUCAUCUUUGUCCCCGUCCCUUCCCUGCAGGGCUUCCACCGUGUUCAGCAGCGCCUGACCCGUGAGCUCGAGAAGAAGUUCUCUGACCGCCAUGUCCUGAUCCUCGCCUCGCGCCGUAUCCUCCCCCGCCCCAAGCGAUCUGCCCGCUCCCGCAACACCCAGAAGCAGAAGCGACCCCGUUCGCGAACUCUCACUGCUGUCCACGACGCCAUCCUCGAGGAUCUCACCUACCCCGUUGAGAUUGUCGGCAAGCGCGUCCGCACCAAGGAGGACGGCUCCAAGCUCCUCAAGGUCAUCCUCGACGAGAAGGAGCGUGGUGGUGUUGACUACCGCCUGGACACCUACUCUGAGGUCUACCGACGUCUGACUGGCCGCAACGUCAACUUCGAGUUCCCUCAGAGCGGCCCCGCCGACUACUAAGUCUGCGGAAUUAAUCUGUGUCAUGAACAAUUUUCUCAGGGCUGGGAGUGAUUUUAACAUUGGUUGGUCAAAAAAGGGCUUGGCGUCUUAAAGAGAAGUAGCUUGAUGAAUGGUACAAGCUGCGGUAUGAUUUGACAAGACAACUUAAACACUUCUUCCGUCCA